AAAGCAUAUUUUGAAUAUAAUAAGGUUCGCGGUUUUUUGUUGUCAUCGAUAUUUCCUGUUAUUGCAGCCCUGUUAAACAGCUGAACCUCAUACUUGACAUGAAAAACUGAGCAAAAUCCAAAUACGGAUGUUUAAAUUUAUUUAAACAUUAUAAAACUAUAAAACAUAAAAUAUGACUGAUAUUACUGUAUCCAAUGAGGCCCCGGCGAAUGGAGGUGAGCCCGUGGCCGAGGCAGAAGACCCAUAUCAACAACCAUCUCCAGAGUUCUUGCAGCGCAAAAUCUAUUUUCUCGUGGAUCAGCUUAGGCAAAUGCACGCAGAACUGCCAGAAAACCUGCAAACCCGAAUUUCCUACGAUCUACUUACAGAACUGGCCAAUUGUGUGCUCAAUGAUAGCAUUUUUGUCAUAGUCAAGGCUCUAAUGGAGCUCCAGCAUGAGACUGAGAGGCAUUUGAUAAAAAUGCGUAUGCAGGUGGUUAACGAAUAUGAAAUUGAGGUCAAUGACUGGCGGGCCAAAAUUAAGGAUCCCGAGGAACUGUUGCACAUUCUGGGCCUAAUGAAACUCAAACAUUCCAAAAAACUAGUGGAGUCGGACAAAAAGAUUAUUGAAAUUCUAGAUCAAAAGGUUAAUGACCAGCAAUCCACUUUGCAGAAGGCUGGUGUGCCUGGCUUCUAUGUCACCGAGAAUCCCAAGGAGAUCAAAAUACAAAUGUUCCUACUGGAUUUCAUUUUGCGUCUGAGUCGACUCAAGUACGAGCCCAAUAAAUAGCAGCUGGAUCACAAUCCAGAGCUCCCGAAAUACAGCACUUGACUUUUAAGCCUUUUAGCCUGUCCUAAGUUGGAAUAUUUAAACCUAUAAGUUAUUAACCAUGAUAAAAUGUUCUGCUCAUCGUUUUAAAAA